CCUGAGGCAGUCGGCCACCGCGCUUCGUUGAACAUGGAGGCUCUGCUGAGGCGGGAGCUGGGCUGCGACUUCGUCAAGGCUACGGGUCACUCGGGGGGCGGGUGCAUUAGCCAGGGCCAGAGUUACGACACGGACAGAGGACGCGUGUUUGUGAAAGUGAACUCCAAGGCGGAGGCCAAGAGAAUGUUUGAAGGUGAGAUGGCAAGUCUAAUGGCCAUCCUGAGAACGGGCACAGUGAAAGCGCCCAAGCCCAUCAAGGUCCUCGACGCCCCGGGAGGCGGCAGCAUGCUGGUGAUGGAGCAUUUGGACAUGCGCUAUCUGAGCAGUCAUGCUGCAAAGCUUGGAGCCCAGCUCGCAGACCUGCAUCUAGAGAACAAGAGGCUUGGGGAGACGCUCCAGAAGGAGGCCGGCACCGUGGGGAAAGGAGGCGGGCGGGCAGAACGGCCCUUCGUGGACCAGUUCGGGUUUGACGUGGUGACAUGCUGUGGGUACCUUCCCCAGGUGAAUGUCUGGCAGGAGGACUGGGUCACCUUCUACGCCCGGCAGCGCAUUCAGCCCCAGAUGGACAUGGUGGAGAAGGGGUCUGGGGACAGGGAGGCCCUGGAGCUCUGGUCUGCCUUGCAGCUAAAGAUCCCUGACCUGUUUCGUGACCUGGACAUCGUCCCAGCCCUGCUGCAUGGAGAUCUCUGGGGAGGAAACGUGGCGGAGGACUCCUCUGGGCCCAUCAUUUUUGAUCCGGCUUCUUUCUAUGGCCACUCAGAAUACGAGCUGGCGAUAGCUGGCAUGUUUGGGGGCUUCAGCCGCUCCUUCUACUCUGCCUACCACAGUGCAAUCCCCAAGGCCCCAGGGUUUGAGGCGCGCCUGCAGUUGUAUCAACUCUUCCACUAUUUGAACCACUGGAACCACUUCGGAUCAGGGUAUAGAGGGUCCUCCCUGAGUAUCAUGAGGAAUCUCAUCAAAUGAGAUUGAUUCAGGUCCUAGCCACACGCCUGUGGCUGGCGCCUCCUGUCCCCACAGCCCUCUUCCUCAGGCCUUCCUCCCCGAAUCUUCAGACUAACUUCCCAAGUCUUGCAGAGUACGAGGGAGAAAGGUUUUGUCCUCUGGAGGUUGUACAUUCCGUUAGACUUCAUUGCUGGAUGAAACCUCACCGGAAAUUCGCUGUGACCAGAGGGACCCGUGGAGCAUGUCCUGAAGGCCGAGAAAGGAAGCAGCCAGGCGUGCCAGGCGCUGCUGAGGACGCUUCCCCGGCUUCUUCUGUCUCAGCUCCAGGAAUGACUCUGAUGUUCUGGAAGAUGCUUCUCGAUGAGUUAGACUUGGGUGUAGACAUGAAACCCUACUGAGGACGUCUUCUAACAACCAGUUUCAAAGCUAGCACAUUCACUUUCUUUCUGUGCCAUCUCUGCGCCCUGCCGCAGGCUGACAGGUCUGGAAGCUGAUUCUGGGAGUGACCAAGCUGCUGGUCUUAGGUAAUUUAGGAACCUUUGAAUCGCCUGUGAUAGCACCCCAUCCUGUCUGCGUUUUAAAGUGUGUAGGGUUGUUUGUUUGCAUAAGAAAGUGCUAAACCAGUGGUUCUUCCUUCCUCAGUCUUUCAGUGAUGGGAAAUAUUCAUGAAUGACAUUGAUGCCAAUAAAUCCUUUUGCAUAAAAAUUUGAA